AUGACAGAAGCUAUCAACAGUCCCGAUAUCGUCGACCUUGCUCGUUCACACCCAAUUUUGAAAAACGGGAGGUAUCGAAACCCUUGGGACGACUGGAAGUCACCGAAUAUAAUAUCAUGUAGGCUAUUAGCAUUUAUUUGCACGAAAAAAAUUCCAAGGAUUCCUCGGCCUUCUUGGUCUGAAAAAUUAUGGGACGCUCUUCCCAUAUACCCGAUGCGUCUAAGGCGUGAACGGGAUCUUUACUUUUACUUUACUUUAACUCCUUUAAAGUUGUCUUAUACACCAUUCAGAUUUGGAAAUAACUUGAGAUGGUAUGUGCCGAUGGGCCUGAAGAGCUUUUUCAAUCUGUUUGGAAUCAUAAAUGUUGUUGAACUAACAUGGUGGCAAGAAUGCACACAUGACGAGGAAACCAAAGUGAAAGUUGUGUGUACGCCAAGCUACCACUGGACCAAGCGCAAAUUAUUUGAUAAUAACAAGGUGCUCUGGUGCAGCUGGUGUGUUGUUGGACCCAAAUGCAACUUUUACUUUGCUGGUGAUACAGGAUCAUUUCCGGCAUUCAAAGAGAUAGGUCAGGAAUAUGGGCCUUUCACACUAGCCACCAUACCUAUAGGGGCAUAUGAGCCAAGGUGGCUGUUAUUCCAUCAGCAUGUUAACCCUGAAGAGGCUGUAGACAUUCACAAGGAUGUCAAAGCCAACAUUUCCGUAGCGAUACACUGGGGAACUUUCCCUCUGGGCUAUGAGUUUUACCUGGAGCCAAGAGAAAAGCUUAAGGAAGCGCUGGAGAUGAAAGGUGUCAGCCCCUCCUCCUUCUUCACCGUUAACCAUGGAGAGAUCAUUAUCGUGAAUCAGCAGUAG